UUUUCUUUUUAAUUUUCUAUGAUAUUAAUAAUUAUUAAGCCUCCAAACUAGGUGGAAAGGAUCUUUCUCGGUCAUUUGUACUUUCCCUAAAGAAGCAAAUAAAGUAGAAGAAGCAAAUAAAGUAAGAAAAGUUGCAAGUUAGGGCCAUUUGAAGUUAGAGGUGUGCAAUGWAAUCAAGAAUAGAAAUCAACGAUCAAGUAAGUUUUUAAUCCAUGGUUCAGUGGUAAAUUAUGUUUUAAAAGUGUAUAAUAACGAAAUGACRUGGAACCAUGAUCUUAGAAAACAAGAAACGAUCAAAAUGGAGUUGUAUACAUUCUCUUAGUGGAUGGUGGAUAGUGGAAGUGAAAGAAAGAAGAAAACAAAUUAAUUGGUGGUUCAGUAAACCAAUGUAGUGAUAYGAUUGGUGUAAAUGUCCUAGGUAUUUACAUUCUUGAUGCUUCUAAUAGAGAAGCUAUGCAUUCUGUUUGUAUGUAGAUAUUAGAAAAUGGUGGUCAAGGUGGAAUUUGGCAUAUCUCACUAUCUAAAGGAGACAAGAUCUCACAACGUUUAGCUUGAGAUAGACAGACUAGAAUUUGGCAUAUCUUCAUGAUCCAACCCUCACUGAAAUUGCCCUUCUUGCCUACCGAAUGGAAUGUUAAUAGGCAAUCAAUGAUUCUGUUGAGGCAGGGAAACAUGUCAUAUAUGAAGAUCAGGCCCUGAAUUAGAGUUUUCCUAAUUUACAUGAUGAUGUUUCUACUCUGACUGUCGUUGAGGUUAACCAAUGGACGGUUGGUUAUUCCAUCAAAUAGGUUGAUCCACAUAUAGAAAACGCAAAGGCUUCAUGGAUGAGUGAYAUCACAAAAUAAGAUUUCAUUAGAAACAUCAAAUUGGCAUUAACACAAGUAUUGUAGAAGUCAUUUUGUUUUGAAAACCCACUUUGUUGUAGUAAGUAAAAUGUUAUAACCCUUCAACAAUUUCUAUUUAUUGAGGCAUACCUAUAUAGGAGACAGCUGCUAAUUAGCUUGCAAGUUUUGAGSAUAUAUGAUAGURUCUAAAGGAACCAAUGYGUUCUUUGUUUUUCGGAGGUAGGGGCAUUUUUUUUACUAUUCGCCCAGGGCAUCCAAAACCAUUGAACCGGCCCYGGCAAGAGGCUUUCGGAUCUAUUCGCUAACUUAUCCCUUUUAUCGAGAUCGGCUACCAAAACCUUAACCUUGUCCCAUGAUGACCUUGAAAAGGACCRACUCACCACAUUUACGGGUUUCACAUUGUUUUUUCCUCGCCAUAUGUAGAUCGAAGCCUCCACACGGUUUGCAAUCUCAAGAGCUUGAUGCUCGGAGUAUAAGUCAAGGCAAUCCAAGAGACACUCGGGUGAAAAYUGAUCCAAACAAUGGCGACUGAGCAAUCGGUAUUGGCUGUGAUAAGGGCUUCAASGCCCAACUUUAGGAACUCCGCUGAUAAAAUUGCGUUUGCUAUACACUCGAUUUUUCUCACAACUGGCUUCAAUCUCAACGCCACUGGUCCCCCGGCCUUCACUGACGAUGCCCUUGCCGCCCCCUUUUCUGAUGAAGCGGGCAUUGAGGGUUGGAAUGAUAUUGAAGAUAAUUAUGCGUUUGUUUACUCAAGCCCAGAAGAGGGUUCAAAGAAAGUUCUUGUGAAGUGCCUUGUUAUGAACAACCAGUUGUUUGUUGAUGCUUUGGCUGCCGGCUCUKCUAGCCCUGUUCACCUCGAGAUCAAUAUUGAUGAUUUYGUUGGAGAAAGUGAUGACACCAAAUACAGUUCACAGUUUAAAAACUUGGGAAAGCUUGUAGAUUGCAUUAACAAAGAUGUCUUAACCAAAUUGAAUGGUUCUUCAACAGCAAGCACAUCCACCACCACUACGAGUUCUAAACCAAAACUACAAGAUGAUGAUAGAGAUCAGCCUAGAGGUGGACCUUUUAGACUUGAAGAUCCUCAUGCUCCCUACCAUCCUUCAGGGGUAGUUGUGCCUCCGGUUUAUCCUAUGGUUGGUGGUGGUGAUCUCUAUCCUCAGCCCGGUGCAGGAAYGUACCCUACAAGGGGCGGUUUUGGUGAUGGUGGAAUGCUCGUUGGACCAAACGAUCCCAGAUUUUUUGGUGGGGUCGGUGGCGGAACAAUGGGGUUCCCUGGAGGACAACCGGGUGUUCCACCUGGUGCUCGGUUCGAUCCUUUUGGYCCACCAGAUGUUCCUGGUUUUGAGCCAAAUCGGUUUGCGAGGAACCCACGCAGGCCGCCUGGUGGAACGCAUCCGGAUCUCGAGCAUUUUGGGAGUGGUUCGGAUUACAUAUAAAGUGGUCGCAGUUGGUAUUACGUGCCGUUAUCAUACUUGAAGCUUAUAUGUAUAUUUUAAGAUUUUGCUUUACUUCACCUGUUUUGUUUGGCAGAUAUAUAUAGUUUUAUAGAUACUGACAGAUUAGAUGGUCCCGACUCGUUUUGGAACCCGGUCCAUCUAGCUUGUACC